UCGACUGGUAAAGCCAGCAACCCACUCCUUCAUAUUCCUAAGAUACAUCUUAGAGAGCUUAGAAAAGAGCAGAGCAGUGGAAGGCAAAUCAUCCCUACGGGAAGAGCCGUCUGAAUAACUGAAGUCAGGAGACUGAUUUAUUGGAAGACUACCUUGCAAAACUAAGCAAAAGAGGGAAUCAGAAUCUACACUGCAAAGCUUUGCGUUGAUUCAUCCAUCAUCAAGUUCAUCUAUUUAAGAGGAUAAAAAAAGGAUUAACGUAUUGCUGGCCUUUUUCCCCUAACUUUGAUAAACUGUAAAUCUCAAGAAGCAUGGCUGUACAUAAGAGGCAAUUGUGUAUGUUUAGCUCACUGACUUUGGCACUGGGACUGGUCUUCUUCAGUUCGGCCACCUUGGCGGAGGAGUACGACUAUUACAGCUGGCAAUCCGACAACUUCCACAACGGUCGUUUUUAUGCCAAGCAGCCACAGUGUGUGGACAUCCCAGCAGAGCUACGUCUCUGCUACACAGUUGGCUACAAAAAGAUGCGACUUCCCAACCUGCUGGACCACGAGACCAUGCCUGAGGUGAUGCAACAGGCAGGCAGCUGGGUGCCCCUUCUGGCCAAGCGCUGCCAUGCAGACACACAGGUGUUCCUCUGCUCACUGUUUGCCCCGGUGUGCCUGGACAGGCCCAUUUACCCCUGCCGCUCUCUGUGCGAGGCCGUCAGGAACAGCUGUGGUCCUGUCAUGGAGACCUAUGGCUUUCCCUGGCCUGAGAUGCUACAAUGUGACAAGUUCCCAAUUGAUAAUGAUCUCUGCAUCCCUAUGCAGUUUUCCGGGAAUCAUGCCACUCAGGCUCCAGCUUCAAAAGCAUGUCCACCCUGUGACAAUGAAAUGAAAGCUGACACAAUAAUGGAGCAUUUCUGUGCCAGUGACUUUGCACUUAAAAUGAAGAUUAAAGAAGUGAAGAAGGAGAAAGGUGACCGCAAGCUUAUCGCAGCCCAAAAAAAGAAGAAGGUUCUCAAGAUGGGGAUCCUCCGCAAAAAAGACAUGAAGAAGCUUACCCUGUACAUCAAGAACGGAGCGAACUGCCCUUGUUCCCAACUUGACAACCUUGGGAGCAGUUUCCUCAUCAUGGGCCGCAAGGUGGACCAACAGCUACUGCUCAUGGCUAUUCACAAGUGGGACAAAAAGAGCAAGGAACUCAAGUAUGCCCUCAAAUACAUGAAGUCACAGCAGUGUCCAACAUACCACACUGUCUUUCAGUGAUCAACGACUUUAUAACUCAAGUCUACCCACUCAAAGCUUUUCAAUCCCCCUCUGCAAUUACAGCAUACAUUUUAUUCAGCAGUUGCCUCAUUGCUAAUGAUGGGUUGACACUUCAGCAAUCUUCAUUUUUCUAUAUACAAAUGUACUCAUUUACCUUGGUUAGAGCAGAGGAUAAAAUAUAUUCCCAAAGAACAGUCCAAAUAAAAUGCCAUUUUUUGUGUGGUAACUGAUCCCACAUCAGGAGGGAUAAGAAAGGUGUAGGAGCCAAUUUGAGCUGAUUGUGUUAAUGUCAGAGUGAAAAAAGAACAACCAUUACAUAAACAUUAGAUUCAAAGACAAAUAGCUUUUCUGUUAACAUUUAAUUUUGUAGAUAUGGAUAAAAAUAUUAUACCAUAAACUAUGUAGAUAAGAGUAUGAUUAUAAAAAUGCUUCUAAAAUGCAGGGCGGCCAGCUCAAAUAUGGUUCUUAUUGAUAAAGAGGACUGAUUGCAUUUAUUUGUGAUGGAUGGUCAGUGGGACGAUGAGUUGCACCUGCAUUACUUUCUUGUUCUUACGAGUGUUUCAUACCAGCCAGUUGAAUGGCAGACUUUGGACUGAACCUUUGCAGUUUGGUUGGUAAGAUCUCUGAUGCCUUUUGUAUACUUUGUUCUUUUAAAUAUUAAUUUUUACUGAAAUUAUUAUGACUUACACUUCUAAGAAAUAAAAAAAGACAAAAACAUCUGGCAGGCUUAUCAUUUAAACUCACCGUUGCUAA